UCAGUGAGUCCCUCUGGUGAAAUCAUUGAGGGCAGUUCAGUGACCCUAAACUGUAGCAGUGAUGCUAACCCAGCAGCUAAAUACACCUGGUACAAGAAGAACCAACCACUGUUUCCUGCACAAGAAGGAAAUUAUAAAUUCACUUCCAUCAGCUCUGAGGACAAAGGGAUGUACUACUGCAAGUCUGAGAAUCAGUAUGGAUGGAUCAACUCGUCGUCUCUCUUCAUAGAUGUCCUGUAUGGUCCAAAGCUUCCCACUGUGUCAGUGAGUCCCUCUGGUGAAAUCAUUGAGGGCAGUUCAGUGACUCUGACCUGUAGCAGUGAUGCUAACCCAGCACCUAAAUACACCUGGUACAAGAAGAAUGUAAAUCCAGACCUUCAACCUCUCAGUAAAGAACCACAGCUUGUCUUCAGCUCCAUCCAGUCCUCUGACUCUGGAGAGUAUUACUGUACAGCUGAGAACCAGCUGGGGAAGAAGACAUCUGAAUACAUCUUCAUGAAUGUGAAAUAUGCUCCAAAGCUUCCCUCUGUGUCAGUGAGUCCCUCUGGUGAAAUCAUUGAGGGCAGUUCAGUGACUCUGAACUGUAGCAGUGAUGCUAACCCAGCAGCUAAUUACACCUGGUACAAGGACAAUGAAGACUCACCAAAAGCAUCAGGACAGAUCUUCACCAUCACCUAUGUCAGACCUGAAUACAGUGGGAAUUAUUCCUGUGAAGCCCAGAACAGAAGAGGAAAUCAUAACUCCAACUUACAUCUGAUGGUUGUGAAAGGAACAGGAAAAUCAGUCGCUGCUGGAGUAACAGCUGCUGUUCUUCUGCCUAUCAUGAUCCUCUCUGUCUUCCUAUGGAUGAGGAAAAAGAGAGCCUCCAAUCAAUCGUCUGAAACUGAGGAGAGACCAGACGACAGAGAGAGGACACAGCCAGAGCAAGAUAACGUUCAUUAUGCCAGCGUGCAGUUCUCCAACAACCAGGCAGAUCCUCUCAACUCCAACAUCAGAUCAGAUCGGCUCCACAGACACAUGGAGGAACAAGAGGUUAUCGAGUACGCUGCUGUUAACUUUAACAGACCUGGUAAUGCCCCGAGAACCAGAGGUCAGCACACCUGGGAAGAUCCAGCUGCACUGUACAGCACAGUCAAGAAAACCUCAUGA